CACUCUAACACCAACCUUCUUCCCCCCACCAAUGCCAAACCCAGUCAAAACUUCAAACCCCACGCAAAUCGGAACCUAGGAAACCCAGGUUUACCGGCAACCGUCUCUGCCCGUUUGUCAUCUUUCCUAAUUCCCACUGCACUUCUCCUUGAUCCCAGAUUCCCAGCAGAAUUAACCAAAUCCCCAAAUUCCAAACCCUAACAACUGGACCGAAAUCGUCUCGGGUUCUUGUUACAGGAAUCUUCAGCUUCACAAGGCUGUGCUUUUUGCAGUUGAUGACUGAGAAAUUCAGUUUCGGCUCUACAGAGAAAAAGUCUACAUAGAGAGAGAAAGGGGGAAGGGAGGCCUAAAAUGGCGUCGUCUAAGGUGAUGCCAUCUUCUGACUCGAGAAAUUCGGAUCUUUCUCGUCGUUCUUCUUCUUCUGCAUCCUCUUCCUCUGCAAAUCCCCAACACCAGUACCAAUACCAACAACUAUCUUCCUCUGAACAAACGAAGAGGAGCAGAAGCCAAAACAAGAGCAAAUUUGCUUCUACGAUGACCGUAGACGGCAUCCUUCGCGAUGUAUACGAUGCAAAUCCCCCGACGGAAUCCACUCUCCUUGAUGCCUCCAUCACUCUGAUAGAAGCUCCAGCCCCGGCAAUUACGGCUGCGGCAAUCGAUAUCAAUCGGGGUCAGAAUCAGAGCCAGAACGGUAGUGGUCCGUUGGCACCGAAGAGCGUUGACGAUGUCUGGAGGGAGAUUGUGUCCGGGGAGAGGAAGGAGAUGAAGGAGGAGGUGCCGGACGAGAUGAUGACGCUGGAGGAUUUCCUGGCGAAAGCUGGUGCUGUGGAGGCAGUGGCCGAGAAGAAGGAGGAAAUGGAUGUGAAGUUGCAGCCGGAAAGGCUGAGUGGCGGGGUCUACGCCUUUGAUCCGGUUCCACCGAGCCCUUUCCAGGUGGAAGGAUCGAUUAUAGGAUUCGCGAACGGGGUGGAGGUGAUUGGUGCUGGUGGUAGUGCUGCGAGUGCAGUAAGUGGAGGAGGCAGGGGGAAGAGAGCAAGACUCGUGUUGGAGCCUUUGGACAAGGCCGCGCAGCAACGGCAAAGAAGGAUGAUCAAGAACAGGGAGUCUGCUGCUAGGUCGAGGGAGAGGAAGCAGGCUUACCAAGUAGAACUAGAAUCUUUGGCGGUGAGGCUGGAGGAGGAGAACGAGCGGCUGUUGAAGGAGAAGGCAGAAAGGACUAAGGAACGGUAUAAGCAGCUAAUGGAAAAAGUGGUUCCAGUUAUAGAGAAGCGAAAGCCACCACGUGUUCUCCGGAGAGUUCGCUCUCUGGAAUGGUAGAAAUAUGGUGGUGGUUUUGUCUGAUGAAACAACAAACAGUUGUCCGUGUCAUGGUGGGAGUUUAGAAGCGCGACAUAGAAAAAGGGGAGCGGACUUAUUUUUGGUAAUUUAUAUCAUGCCGAUUAGAUAUUUAAGCACGGAUGGCAAACUUAGUCAGUGGAGGAAAGUUCCUUUGUACACAAGAAGGGAGCGCAGAGGAGAAAGCAUAUGAAAGUUGAUUGAUUAGUUAGUUUUUUUAGUGUUUGUUUGAAGUGGGAAGGGAUACUCCCACUUCAAAUGCUGAUGUCUGAAGGUAAGUAAGAGGAUUUUUCUGGUGGAGUAUCUUUACUGUAUUUUAUAUGUUGACAAAGCCAUUAUAGCUCUUUGACAAAAUAGAAGGUUGUUGAUAGUGAUCAUAUAGUUACUAAAUUAGGUAAUUAUCUUCGGCUAUGGAGUGACUUAUGUGUAUAGUUUGCAUGGUUGAACGCUGGUGUCAUAUGGAUGGGAGAAAGUUAUAGCAAAUUGGAACUUAUAACAUUAAUAGUGGAUGCUAACUAUUUGAAAGUA